AUGCCUUCAUUCCGUAUCCUUCCACUCGUUCGUUCGGAUGAGCUUUUGCAUAAUGUGAUCGCAUUCGGCGGACAUUUGUACAUUCGAAACCGCAGAGCUUGCAAGGAAUUUUUCGAUUUGAGUGACAAGGGUAACGUGUCCUAUCUGGCAAUCCAAGAAUGGGAUGAUCAUUGGCUCUGCGGCUCCACUGGCAGAGUAAGUAAGUCUUUCGAUGCAUCCAAUUGGGUCGUAACUAAAUACGGCUCCCUUUCCGUUCUCAUCGAUACCGGCAAGGAUAGCACCAGUGUAGUAUGGGAAGAAACGACGAUGUCAGAUUUUACGGAACAGACUCUGCGACAAAAACUUGCCAAUCUCUCUAAUCACAGCAAUUCCAUUCAGACGACUUCCAGCUGGCUACUUAACAACCACAACAAUCGCGAGAUCAUCAUUAGAGUUUGGAUCAAAACUGUCAAAAAAGAAAUGAAAGGUUCCAAAGUGGUCAAUCUCCUCUAUGUGGCUAACGAUGUCUCCCAGAACGCAAGAAAAUCAUGUCCACAGUUCAAAGAGGAUUUCUUCCCAGCUAUUGAAAGUGCAUUUAGGCAUUGCUGCGAAAUUAAAGCCUCGAAAGAGGUUGAAAUAGCGAUCGGAAAGCUGAUCGCCAUUUGGAAAGAUCGUCAAAUAUUCUCAUCAUCGCAAUGCAAACGUCUUCAAGAAGUACAUCAGCAAAUGAAAUUAUCGAAGAGUUUCCCAUCGCCUGCAAGUAAAGACAACGGAAAGAACUCUACACCAAGCCAGUUUAUUGUAGAAGAAGCCAAAAAGAAUGCCCAGGAUGUCUUGCUAAGCUUAAAACGUCUCCAGAAUCCACCGAGUACAGAAAGAGAAAUACGCUUUCAACUUUCCAAGUACCCCGAUAAUAUCUCAUGUCCCGAGAAACUUCAAUCAGUCCAAAACUCUGAAGAGGCUAAAGCUCUCCUCAUUCAAAACGAAGAAGCUUUGCCAAUGCUUGAAGAUUAUGUCAAAAGACUGAAGGAUGAGACUAAAGAAAGAGAAACUCUGGAAAUAAACUUAAACUUGCUCAUUCAAAACGUGAGGAUGAGUAUCGAGCAUCACGAAAAACUCUGCAGAGAAGUGAAGCGAAAAGAAGAUCGUAUCAAAGCUGAUUUGUUAGAGAUGGGUAUUCUGGAAAAAAUUGCGGAAAUCGAGCAUGAAAUCUCGAGAACCCAAAAAAACAAAGCUACUGAAUACCAUUUGGGUCUUCUCAAGGCAAAACUAGCCAAGUACCGCCAACAAUUGUUGGAACCGACUGGAAAAGGAGGUGCCAAAGGAGAAGGUUUCGAUGUUAUGAAAAGUGGAGAUGCUAGAGUUGCAAUGGUUGGAUUUCCGUCUGUUGGAAAAUCAACACUCCUAUCGUCUAUGACAUCAACACAUUCAGAAGCAGCUGGAUACGAAUUCACCACUCUUACGUGUAUUCCUGGUGUUAUCUCCUACAACGGAGCCAAUAUUCAAUUACUCGAUCUUCCGGGAAUUAUUGAAGGCGCUUCUCAAGGAAAAGGAAGAGGUCGACAAGUUAUUUCUGUCGCCAAGACAGCUGAUUUGAUUCUUAUGAUGCUGGAUGCGGGGAAGAGUGAUCAACAGAAAAUGUUACUGGAAAGAGAACUUGAAGCUGUCGGUAUUCGGUUGAACAAAAAACCCCCAAACAUCUAUGUCAGACAAAAGAAGGUUGGUGGUGUCAAGUUCACUAACACGGUUCCUCUGACCCACUGCAAUGAGAAACUGAUUAUGACAGUCUUGCAUGAGUACAAGAUUUUCAACGCUGAUGUAAUUUUCCGCGAAGAUUGCACAGUCGACGAAUUUAUCGAUGUCAUUCAAGGAAAUCGGGUGUAUAUGACUUGUCUCUACGUCUACAAUAAAGUUGAUCAAAUUUCUAUCGAAGAAAUUGAUAGGUUAGCUAGGAUGCCUCAUCACGUUGUUAUUUCAUGUGAAAUGAAUCUUAACAUGGACUAUCUCUUGGAGAAAAUUUGGGAAUAUCUUGCACUUGUUCGAGUCUACACAAAAAAACCAGGAAAUGCACCUGAUCUAGGACCGGAAGAUGGAAUCAUUCUACGUGGAGGAGCAACGAUUGAACACUGUUGUCAUGCACUGCAUCGUUCAAUUGCCGCUCAACUACGAUACGCCAUCGUAUGGGGAACGUCGACCAAGUUUUCACCUCAACGCGUCGGUCUUCAUCACAAACUCGAUCAUGAAGAUGUCAUUCAAAUUGUUAAAAAAUAA